CGCCGAGUCUUCCGGGACUUGUGCUUUGCAGUUUCCUCCCCGACCCAGGGUGAAACUCCUGAGCCUGAGAUCAGAAGUGCACGUCAAGAUGGAAGUGAAUCCCCCGAAACAGGAGCACCUGCUGGCGCUGAAAGUGAUGCGAUUGACUAAGCCUACUUUGUUCACCAAUAUUCCUGUAACGUGUGAAGAGAAAGACUUGCCUGGUGAUCUCUUUAACCAGUUAAUGAGAGAUGAUCCUUCAACUGUAAAUGGAGCAGAGAUUUUAAUGUUGGGAGAAAUGUUGACUUUACCCCAAAAUUUCGGGAAUAUAUUUUUGGGGGAGACUUUUUCCAGUUACAUCAGUGUUCAUAAUGACAGCAAUCAAGUUGUAAAAGAUAUAUUGGUGAAGGCGGAUCUUCAGACAAGUUCUCAGCGUUUAAACCUUUCAGCCUCCAAUGCUGCUGUGGCUGAACUUAAACCUGAUUGUUGUAUUGAUGAUGUCAUACACCAUGAAGUCAAGGAAAUUGGGACACACAUACUGGUGUGUGCUGUGAGUUACACAACUCAGGGUGGAGAAAAAAUGUACUUUAGAAAAUUCUUCAAAUUUCAGGUCCUCAAACCAUUGGAUGUGAAAACCAAGUUUUACAAUGCCGAGAGUGACCUCAGUUCUGUGACUGAUGAAGUCUUUCUUGAAGCCCAAAUUCAGAACAUUACAACCUCACCUAUGUUUAUGGAGAAAGUUUCACUGGAGCCAUCGAUAAUGUACAAUGUAACAGAAUUAAAUUCGGUGUCCCAAGCCGGGGAAUGUGUGUCUACAUUUGGAUCCAGAGGAUAUUUGCAGCCAAUGGAUACACGCCAGUACUUAUACUGCCUAAAGCCGAAGAAGGAGUUUGCAGAAAAAGCUGGCAUCAUUAAGGGAGUGACAGUCAUUGGAAAAUUGGACAUAGUGUGGAAAACAAACCUAGGUGAAAGGGGAAGGUUACAGACCAGCCAGCUUCAAAGAAUGGCUCCAGGUUAUGGAGACGUUAGGCUAUCCUUAGAGGCCAUUCCAGAUACCGUGAACCUAGAAGAACCUUUCCAUAUUACCUGUAAAAUCACAAACUGCAGCAGUGAAAGGACGAUGGAUCUGGUCCUGGAAAUGUGCAAUACCAAUUCUAUCCACUGGUGUGGGAUUUCAGGAAGACAACUGGGAAAGCUGCAUCCAAGCUCCUCACUCUGCCUGGCCCUGACUCUCCUGUCUUCAGUCCAGGGCCUCCAAAGUAUCUCUGGCCUAAGACUCACUGACACAUUCUUAAAGAGAACAUACGAAUAUGAUGACAUUGCACAAGUCUGCGUGGUCUCAUCAGCCGUGGAAGUGGAAGCCUAAAGAAAACUCCUAAUGUUAAAUUUCUUGUUUAAUCACAGAACUGCUCUCUGUAUUUUGUGAAAUUAUCAUUAGCAAAAAUAAGUGUAUGUUAUUUAAAUUUUUCUGUAAAACAAUUGAAUAUUAAAUAUUUGUUGUAAAAAUGCUAA